ACACAAAUAACCUUAAUCGUCUCGAGGUACCCUCCCUCGUACGUAUAUCAGUUUUGUUCUUAAUUAUCUGUCAUCAAUCAUCAUGGGAGUUUUCACUUACCAGAACGACAACGCCUCAAGCGUGUCUCGUCCCAGACUUUACAAAGCCUUGGUCGUAGAUUUCGACAACCUCAUCCCAAAGAUUGUGGAAGCCGCUCAGACCAUUGAAAUCCUCGAAGGCAAUGGCGGACCUGGCACUCUCAAGAAGCUCACUUACGUCGAAGAUGGAGCAACAAAGUAUGUGAUUCAGAAGGUGGUAGCAUUGGACGGAGCAAACUAUGUAUAUAACUACAGUGCAAUAGAAGGCACUGGAAUGCCAGAGGGAGUGGAGAAGAUGACUUUUGACAUGAAAUUAGAGGAAGGACCCAAUGGAGGAUCUGUAGGGAAAGUCAGUGUCACUUACUUCACCAAAACUGAUGCCCCUCCAAGUGAAGAGGAGCUCGCUGCUGGAAAAGCUAAGGGGGAAGGCCUCUUCAAGGCCGUUGAGGCUUACCUUUUGGCUCAUCCUGAGUACAACUAAGCUCUUUCAUAAACCUUUUAUAUAUAUAUAUAUAUAUACACUGUCAUUAUAUUGUUGUUGUGGUUUGCUGUGUUUGUAAUCAAGAGGAUGAUCUCUGGAGUGCUUCAUGGUCAAGUUAUAUGGAUCGGAGAGAUAGGAAAAUACAUGGAUGAAUGUGAGGCCAGUCAAGUGGGAUUCACAUAAACUGAUAUGGAACCUAUCACUUUGUUCCUACUAUUAUUUCACUCUGAAGUAUUUUAGAGAGGGUCUAUCCAGAUUUGUGUUUGUCAUCAGAAUGAGAGGUGUUUCCUUCACUGUGGGAAAUAAAAUAAUAUGAGAAAGUGUUUGGUUUUCUUUUCUGCUGUCCCAUUUUUUCUUGGCUUUGGAUUUCUCAAAUUUGACUUCAAGCUGGAGUGUUGAGAGAGUAGAUUGGAGGAUGUAAUUUGAUUUGAGUAUGAAUAUAUAUUUGUCAAUACUCUGUA